CCAAUUCCCUAGUUAAAACUCUCAAUCCACGCACUCUGCUAUCUCUCUUUCUUCUCUCUCUUCAAGUCCUUGUUUUCAAUUUAUAUAACACCCUCCUGAGCUCUCUUUGGCCAGCUUAGCUUAAUUUCCUGCUCUCUCUCUCUCUCUCAUCUCUUUACUUUUCUUGGGCGCAAAGAAAUCCCAGUCCUCCUUCAACCUCAACCUGCUCUCAUUCAUGUAAUUCAAUCUCCCACUUCUGACUGACUGAUAUUUCACAAACCAAACCCUCUUCAUAAAACCAUGAGCUGCAACGGAUGCCGAGUUCUCCGAAAGGGCUGCAGCGAAUCCUGCAUGCUCCGCCCUUGCCUCCAGUGGAUCGAAACCCCCGAAGCCCAAGGCCACGCCACCGUCUUCGUCGCCAAGUUCUUCGGCCGCGCCGGCCUCAUGUCCUUCAUCUCCGCCGUCCCCGAUUCUCAGCGUCCCGUUUUGUUCCAGUCUCUGUUGUUUGAAGCCUGCGGCCGUACGGUCAACCCGGUCAACGGCGCCGUGGGGCUGCUCUGGACCGGCAACUGGCACGUGUGCCAGGCCGCGGUCGAGACCGUGCUCCGCGGCGGCACGCUGCGGCCGAUACCAGAGCUCCUCGGCUGCGGCUCGACUUCCGACGAAGCCUCCGACGCCGAUGGAGGCGGCGUCAACAACUGUACGGACAUGUGGAGGCUCCGAGAUCCGAGCCACAACUCCGGUUCUUCGUCCCGGUUCACCAGCUCCCGGUCCGCCAGGGCUUCCUCUCCGAAACGCAAGCGAUCCGCCGACGAGGAGUCGUCCACGAAGGUGCUUCAGCUCCAGCACCAUGCGGAUCUGGAUCUGCGGUUGACUCCGAGCCUGACUUUCAAACCGAAGCCCAAACCCGAGACCCGACGAGCCGGAACGCCGUCGAUGAACUCCGAGGAGUCGGUGGUCACCACGUGCUUCGAGAGGGGCUUGCCAGAUAAUCAUCAUCAGUAUAACCACCACUCUUAUGGAGUCGGAGCAGAGAGAAAGCUACUCAACUUAUUCCCUUGAGUCUUCUCCAUUUUUCUCUGUUUUUUGUUUUUUGUGAAUGCGACGUUCACACUUGCGGCCAUAUACUCACGCGAGUCAUCUGUCUCUGCUGUAAAAUUCUUAGUUUUUUUGGUUGUUUUGUUUUGUCUAUGGGUUUUUCCCGGAAUCCAUGUCCGGCGAGUUUUUGUUGACCUCCGGCGGCACAGGAUUUCUCUCUUUUCUUUUUCUUACUGUUUAUUAGAGAUGGAAAAAGAUGAGAGAAAGAUGAGAGUUUGUCGGUGGUCCUUCCUUUGCUUCUUGAUUGUAGUCGUUUUUUUAGUCUUUUUUAGCUGCUAGCUAGCUAGUAGCCAGCCAUGAGUACCAUCAACCUACCUAUAAGUAUAAGCUAUAUGAAUAAUCUCCAUCAAUUAUAAUUAUGUAUCUUCCUUUCCUUCCUCUUCUUCUUCCUUUUCAUUUCCGGUUUCAGACUUCUCAGAUGAAUGCAGAGACUUGUACUCAUCAACUUGCAUAA